GAGCGCGGGGGCGGCUGCUGGAACCGCGCCACGUCGGGGAGCGGGAGUCGCUGCUCGAGUCUGGUGCGCCGGUCGCGGGAGCCCCGCUGUGCAGUCGGAGAGACACGUGGCCAUCAGUAAUCAUGAGCAACCCAUUUGCACACCUUGCUGAGCCAUUGGAUCCUGUAGAGCCAGGAAAGAAAUUCUUCAAUUUGAAUAAAUUGGAGGAUUCAAAAUACGGGCGCUUACCAUUUUCCAUCAGAGUUCUUUUGGAAGCAGCCAUUCGGAACUGUGAUGAGUUUCUGGUGAAGAAACAGGAUAUUGAAAAUAUUCUUCAUUGGAAUGUCAUGCAGCAUAAGAACAUAGAAGUGCCAUUUAAGCCUGCUCGUGUCAUCCUGCAGGACUUUACAGGUGUGCCCGCUGUAGUUGACUUCGCUGCAAUGCGUGAUGCUGUGAAAAAGUUAGGAGGAGAUCCAGAGAAAAUAAACCCUGUCUGUCCUGUUGAUCUCGUAAUAGAUCAUUCCAUCCAGGUUGAUUUCAACAGAAGGGCAGACAGUUUACAGAAGAAUCAAGACCUGGAAUUUGAAAGAAAUAGAGAGCGAUUUGAAUUUUUAAAGUGGGGUUCCCAGGCUUUUCACAACAUGCGGAUCAUUCCCCCUGGCUCAGGAAUCAUCCACCAGGUGAAUUUGGAAUAUUUGGCAAGAGUGGUAUUUGAUCAGGAUGGAUAUUAUUACCCAGACAGCGUCGUGGGCACAGAUUCACACACUACUAUGAUUGAUGGCUUGGGCGUUCUUGGUUGGGGUGUCGGUGGUAUUGAAGCAGAAGCUGUCAUGCUGGGUCAGCCAAUUAGUAUGGUGCUUCCUCAGGUGAUUGGUUACAGGCUGACAGGGAAGCCCCACCCUCUGGUAACAUCCACUGACAUCGUGCUCACCAUUACCAAGCACCUUCGCCAGGUUGGGGUAGUGGGCAAAUUUGUCGAGUUCUUCGGGCCAGGAGUAGCCCAGUUGUCCAUUGCUGACCGAGCUACAAUUGCCAACAUGUGCCCAGAGUAUGGAGCAACUGCUGCCUUUUUCCCAGUUGAUGAAGUUAGUAUCAUGUAUCUGGUGCAAACAGGUCGUGAUGAAAAUAAAAUAAAGUACAUUAAAAAGUAUCUUCAGGCUGUAGGAAUGUUUCGAGAUUUCAAUGACCCUUCUCAAGACCCAGACUUCACCCAGGUUGUGGACUUAGAUUUGAAAACAGUAGUGCCUUGCUGCAGUGGACCCAAAAGGCCUCAGGACAAAGUUGCUGUGUCCGACAUUAAAAAGGACUUUGAGAGCUGCCUUGGAGCCAAGCAAGGAUUUAAAGGAUUCCAAGUUGCUCCCAAACAUCAUAGUGACCAUAAAACCUUUAUCUAUGAUAACACUGAAUUCACCCUUGCUCAUGGCUCUGUGGUCAUUGCUGCCAUUACUAGCUGCACAAACACCAGUAACCCAUCUGUGAUGUUAGGGGCAGGAUUGUUAGCAAAGAAAGCUGUGGAUGCUGGCCUGAAUGUGAUGCCUUACAUCAAAACUAGCCUGUCUCCUGGGAGUGGUGUGGUGACCUACUACCUACAAGAAAGCGGAGUCAUGCCUUAUCUGUCUCAGCUUGGGUUUAACGUGGUGGGCUAUGGCUGCAUGACCUGCAUUGGCAAUAGCGGGCCCUUACCUGAACCUGUGGUAGAAGCCAUCACGCAGGGAGACCUUGUAGCUGUUGGAGUACUAUCUGGGAACAGGAAUUUUGAAGGUCGAGUUCACCCCAACACCCGGGCCAACUAUUUAGCCUCUCCCCCCUUAGUAAUAGCAUAUGCAAUUGCUGGAACCAUCAGAAUCGACUUUGAGAAAGAGCCACUGGGAGUAAAUGCAAAGGGACAGCAGAUAUUUCUGAAAGACAUCUGGCCGACUAGAGAUGAGAUCCAGGCAGUAGAACGUCAGUAUGUCAUCCCAGGGAUGUUUAAGGAAGUCUAUCAGAAAAUAGAGACCGUGAAUGAAAGCUGGAAUGCCUUAGUAGCCCCAUCAGAUAAGCUGUAUUGCUGGAAUUCCAAAUCUACAUACAUUAAAUCACCACCAUUCUUUGAAAACCUGACUUUGGAUCUUCAGCCUCCUAAAUCUAUAGUGGAUGCCUAUGUGCUGCUAAAUUUAGGAGAUUCAGUAACAACUGACCACAUCUCUCCAGCUGGAAAUAUUGCAAGAAACAGCCCUGCUGCUCGCUACCUAACUAACAGAGGCCUAACUCCACGAGAGUUCAACUCCUAUGGCUCCCGCCGAGGUAACGACGCCGUCAUGGCACGGGGAACAUUUGCCAACAUUCGCUUGUUAAACAGAUUUUUGAACAAGCAGGCACCACAGACUAUCCAUCUGCCUUCUGGAGAAAUCCUUGAUGUAUUUGAUGCUGCUGAGCGAUACCAGCAGGCAGGCCUUCCCCUGAUCGUUCUGACUGGCAAAGAGUACGGUGCAGGCAGCUCCCGAGACUGGGCAGCUAAGGGCCCUUUCCUGCUGGGAAUCAAAGCUAUCCUGGCUGAGAGCUAUGAGCGCAUUCAUCGCAGUAACCUGGUUGGCAUGGGGGUGAUCCCACUUGAAUAUCUCCCUGGUGAGAAUGCAGAUGUCCUAGGACUCACAGGGCGGGAACGAUACACUGUCAUUAUUCCAGAAAACCUCAAACCACGAAUGAAAGUCCAGGUCAAGCUGGAUACUGGAAAGACCUUUCAGGCUGUCAUGAGGUUCGACACCGACGUGGAGCUCACUUACUUCCUCAAUGGGGGCAUCCUCAACUACAUGAUCCGCAAGAUGGCCAAGUAGGAGACCUGCACUUGGUGAUGUACCCAGGGAGAAAAGUAUGCACCAGCCAGGGCAUCGGUGCCAUUCCUGUAGGCACAAACCCAGAAGUUUUUACAUUCUCUAUUUUUGUUAAACUGACUAGUGCCAGAAACAGAGAACCAAGCUUGUCUUUAAAGUUACUGAUCAUGGGAUGUUGAUUUUUCACUGUUUCCUAUUAAUCUUCAGCUGAACACAAGCAAACCUUCUCAGAAGGUGUGUCUUACCCUCUUAUUGUUCCUCUCUUGUACUCUACUCAGUGAAACUUUUCUCUUGAGGGUCAUUUUGCUUUCUAUAUUAUACCAGUGUUAACUGACAUGGACAUAUAAGACUUUCACACUUCAAAUCAGAGCAGUGAUUCUCUCUCCUUUUCCUUCAGAGUCAAUCAUCCAGACACCUCAUGGACAAUUUGGGUGUUGGAAUUUUUUUGAUUAUGUACCUUUUUGAUAGCUCUGCAUAAAAAAUGUGAUGUUGUCUUUUUACUAUCUUUUCAUUUAUCAAGAGGACAACACAGCAUUUCUCAUUUGAAUGAAAUGAAAUCUAUUAUUUUCAAUGAAAA